AGGAACUGUCUCGUGCAACCAUCGAAAACAGGGAAGAGACGUGAAAAGGGAAGAAGUAGUACUCUCUCACGUCAAAGUGAGAGGCGAAGUUGAUGUGUUUUCCCCCAGAGCUUCAUUACCACAAUGGAUGAAAGACACAGGAGGAUUCUUCAGACCAACAGGAGCAACCUUGUGGCAGACUUGGACCCCUCAAGCCUCUACGAUGGACUUCUUGAGAAAGGAGUUUUCACCCAAGACAUGAUUGAUAAGAUAAAGAGUAAGAAGACCCGACGUGACCAGGCCAGACGGUUAGUUCAGGACUUGGAGACCCGGGGGACUCGGGCCUUCCCAGUCUUCCUGGAGUGCCUGAGGGACACAGGGCAGCACAGACUGGUGGAGCUCCUGCAGAAUGGAGCACCACCAGUUCAGCCUCAGGCCCCGUUACCCGUCCCGGUGGUUCACCCCCUAGUCCAGCCUCGGCCUCCGUCACCCAAACAAGUUGUACGCCCUGUGAUCCAGCCUCUUCCAAUCUUGGAUGGUGGCAAGAAUGGAAAAGAUAUUGUCCCUGUCCAUCGAACACAAAGCCCCGACUCUACUCCCAGUCCACCACCCGAGAACUUAAGACCAACUCCACCAGGAAGAAAACGGCGUGACAGUAUUCAGAGCUAUAAAAUGGACGCAAACCCAUGUGGACACUGCCUCAUCAUAAACAACGUGGACUUUGAACCCCUAAGUGAGCUGAGCAAUCGCACAGGGUCCAACAUAGACUGUGACAAGCUGGAGAGAAGAUUCAAGGCACUCAACUUCAUUGUUGACGUUAAGACAAACCUGAAAUACAAACAAAUCAGACAUGAGCUGUCGGCUUUAUCCAAGAAAGACCAUUCCCAAUAUGACUGCUGUGUGGUUAUCAUGUUGUCCCAUGGGACUGAGGUGAGCCACAACCGCUUCCCUGGUGCCGUGCACGGCGUGGAUGGACCUGCUGUCCCAGUUCAGCUCAUCACAAACUACCUCAACGGCAGGCACUGCCCAUCCUUACAGGGCAAACCCAAACUUUUCUUCAUCCAGGCCUGUGGAGGAGGUGAAAGGGACACAGGCUUCGAGGUGUCCCCCGAUGAGUCCAGGCCUUCCAUUGGCGGGACAGAUGACCAGACAGAUGCCAUUCCCAUGUCAUCCAGCAGCGACUCUCUGAGCAUGUCUGAUGAAACGGAUGCCAGAGCCACACUGCCCACACCCAGCGACAUUCUGGUGUCCUACUCAACAUUUCCUGGCUAUGUGUCCUGGAGAGACACACAGUCGGGCUCCUGGUAUGUCGAGACUUUGGACCGUAUCCUUGAGGAAAAUGCUGCCACUGACGACUUGGCCACAAUGUUAAUGAUGGUAAACCACGAAGUCUCCCAAAACUCUGCCAAAGGCGUCUACAAGCAAAUGCCUGGCUCCUUUAAUUUUCUCCGCAAACAUCUCUAUUUUCAACCCCAGCCACAGUGACAAAGUUCAGCUGGGCAAUAUUGAGUUUCAUUUUCAGGGAACACUAGGUUAUUUCCGUGCUGCAGGAGCAUGAUUAUUGCUUCAGACAAUGUCUAAGUCAGUUUAGAAUCUGUAUGAAUUUUUCCAGGGAGAUGGGUUAUGUUUUUACUGAAAGCAUUAUGUCUUGCAUUUUCAUUGUUUUUUUUUUUUUCUUACACUGCUGUGUUUUUUUUUUUUUUUUUUUUUUUCAUUUUGAAUCUUUUCUAAACAAAAUGUCAGGGAUAGGUGUCAUAAUGGGAAAGAAAAUGUCAAGAAAAUAUGCAUGUGUUAAAAAGUGUACUUCAUUUUACAUUUUUUUUUUGUCUUUUUUUAAAACAGAUAAAAGUUGUAAACAAUCAAUGUAAUGUCCAAACUGUACUGUGCACAGAUUUUUAAGAAAUACCCUUUGCAAAGUCAAA